AGCAAUCUACACGUCGUGUCGCUCCAACCACCACCGGACUUCUCUUUCAUCAACCACUCACUCCAUGGCGACAUUUCAAUCAUCAUAAAGAAGGCAACUCGAUCAAUCAAACGCCAUACCUCGCCCUGCUCAUUUAUAGGUCUCACGGCGACAUACAAGGCCACUCUUUGCACGUCUUAGACCCGCCAUCAUGUCUGCCAUCUUCGACAUCAAGGAGCACACCAUUGAGGCCGCACAUAUACGAGAAUUCGCCCGUGCAACCGCCAAUUCUCAGGAUGAGAGGCUUCUACUGCACAUCAAGCAGUAUACCCCCAAGGAUAACCCCAACCCGCAGAAGGGUGAUGUAACUAUCAUUGGUGGUCAUGCCAAUGGCUUUCCGAAGGAGCUCUAUGAACCCCUCUGGGAAGAAGUGUACCAUGAAGCCAAGAGUCGCAACGUUCGUAUCCGCAGUAUUUGGAUCGCCGAUACGGCAUGGCAAGGCCAGAGCGGCAUCCUAAAUCAGGAUGCCCUCGGAAAUGACCCUGGAUGGCUGGACUAUGCUCGGGAUAUCCUCCACAUGAUCAACACAUUCCGCCCGCCACCUCCCAUCAUGGGAAUGGGCCACUCAUUUGGCGGCAACGCUCUAGCAAAUGUCUCGUUGCUCCACCCGCGUCUUUUGACAUCACUUGUCCUGCUUGACCCUGUCGUCUCCCGCUACGCAUCUUCCCCAGAUAGCAAAGCGAUGGGGCCUGCUGCCAGUAGCAUGCACCGCCGCGAGGUCUGGCCAUCGCUCAAGGACGCCGAAGCUUCCUUCAAACGCAGCCCAUUCUACAAGUCCUGGGAUCCCCGGGUGCUUGAGCGGUGGGUUGAUUUCGGGAUAAGACAAAUCCCGGGCCAAGACGCCGUCACCUUGACUACGACGAAGCACCAAGAGGUAUUUACCUUUCUCCGACCAAGCUGGGACGCGUACGACGCCCAGGGCAAGACCAUCAUCCAUCCCGAACUCGUUCCGGAUCUGAACCCCAACCUGAAUGAAAAGUACCCGACGUACCCGUUCUACCGGUCGGAGGGUGCCAGCACUGUAGACCGCCUCCCGAAUGUACGGCCCAGCGUGCUCUACGUCUUCGGCGGCAAAAGCGACAUUUCCCCCAUCCAUCUCCAGGACGAGAAGAUGGCCAUCACCGGUGCAGGACUUGGCGGGAGUGGUGGCGCCAAGGCCGGCCGCGUGAAGAAGGUCGUGGGCGACUACGGCCACUUGAUACCCAUGGAGAGCCCCAAGUUCUGCGCGCAGGCGGCUGCGGAGUGGAUCGAAGCUGAGUUGCAGCGGUGGUGGGUGGAGGAGCGCAAGUAUGAAGAGUGGACGCGGAAGUCGGCGGCCGAGAAGACUACCAUCUCGGAGGAGUGGCAUAAAUAUUUGAGUAAGCCGGAGAGAAAAAACGGGAAGAACAAGGCAAAGAUCUAAAGUAGACCAAACACGUGUAUUACAGUUC